CUUAUUGUGGACAUUUCACUCCAUUUCAUGUGGUCCCUAUAGGCUAUAUUGCUUUUGAAAUUAAGUUGAGCAGCGUGAGCUUUCCAGAUGAAAGGAGAAACUGUGUGUUACUGAUAUGGACGUGAAUUCAGCAGCAUGAAUCAGUGUGAGGACAGAGAGGAGGGAGCCCUUCCCUCCAAAAGCUCUCUGUGUGGGGAACAUGACAGCCAAUCCAAAACUCAGAGGGUCCAUCAGAAACCAGACUCCCCUGGUCCUGAACCUGAACCUGAACCCAGCUGUGUGUCCCUCAAGAGUGACCAGUCAAACCCUAUUUUAAUUGAUUUUAAACAGCAACAUUCAUCUGAUAAAAAGGUCCAUCAGAAAGCCGACUCUCCUGGACCUGAACCUGAACCCAGCUGUGUGUCCCUUAAGAGCGACCGGUCAAACCUUUUUUUAAUUGAUUUUAAACAACAUUCAUCUGAUAAAAAGGUCCAUCAGAAACCAGACUCUCCUGGACCUGAACCUGAACCCAGCUGUGUGUCCCUUAAGAGCGACCGGUCAAACCUUUUUUUAAUUGAUUUUAAACAACAUUCAUCUGAUAAAAAAGUGGACCAGGAGAGCUCAGAGGUUGUCAGUGGUCAGUUUGCCCAGCAGCAUCUAACGCAUGUGGACUACAUAUUUAUGCUGCUGGAGGAGAACAUCGUCACUUUUGUGAAGAACGAGCUGAAGAAGAUGCAGAAGCUUCUGAAUUCAGAUUACCAAGAAUGCUUAGAGAGUCAGAGGGAGGAUGACGAGGGGUUGGAUACUGAGGAGGAGGAAGAGCAGAGGAGGAGCAGCAGAGAGGCAUUUCUGAAUAUCACACUGCACUUCCUGAGGAGAAUGAAGGAGGAGGAGCUGGCUGACUGUCUGCAGAGCAAAACCCCUGCUCCAGUUGGUCAAAGUAAACUCAAGUCUAACCUGAAGAAGAAGUUUCAGUGUGUGUUUGAGGGGAUUGCCAAAGCAGGAAACCAAACCCUACUAAAUCAGAUCUACACAGAGCUCUACAUCACAGAGGGAGGGACUGGAAAGGUCAAUGAUGAACAUGAGAUCAGACAGAUUGAAACAGCAUCCAGGAAACCAGUUGAACCAGAAACAAUAAUCAGACAAGAAGACAUCUUUAAAGCCUCACCUGGAAGAGAUGAACCAAUCAGAACAGUGAUGACAAAGGGAGUAGCUGGCAUUGGGAAAACAUUCUUAACACAGAAGUUUACUCUGGACUGGGCUGAAGACAAAGCCAACCAAAACAUACAAUUCACAUUUCCAUUCACUUUCAGAGAGCUGAAUAUGCUGAAAGAGAAAAAGUACAGCUUGGUGGAACUUGUUCAUCACUUCUUUAAUGAAACCAAAGAAGCAGGUAUCCACAGGUUUGAAGAGUUCCAGGUUGUGUUCAUCUUCGAUGGUCUGGAUGAGUGCCGAUUUCCACUGGACUUCCACAACAACGAGAUCCUGACUGAUGUUACAGAGUCCACCUCAGUAGAUGUGCUGCUGACAAACCUCAUCAGAGGGAAACUGCUUCCCUCUGCUCACCUCUGGAUAACUACACGACCUGCAGCAGCUGAUCUGAUCCCUCCUGAAUGUGUCAGCAUGGUGACAGAGAUCAGAGGGUUCAAUGACCCACAGAAGGAGGAAUACUUCAGGAAGAGAUUCAGUAACAAGAAGCAGGCCAGCACCAUCAUCUCCCACAUCAAGACAUCACGAAGCCUCCACAUUAUGUGCCACAUCCCAGUCUUCUGCUUGAUCACUGCUACAGUUCUGGAGGAUGUGCUGAAAAGCAGAGAGGGAGGAGAGCUGCCCAAGACCCUGACUGAGAUGUACAUCCACUUCCUGGUGGUUCAGUCCAAACUGAAGAACGUCAAGUAUGAUGGAGGAGCUGAGACAGAUCCACUCUGGAAUAAAAAGAACAGGAAGAUGAUUGAAUCUCUGGGAAAACUGGCUUUUGUGCAGCUGCAGAAAGGCAACCUGUUCUUCUAUGAAUCAGACCUGACAGAGUGUGGCAUCGAUAUCAGAGCAGCCUCAGUGUACUCAGGAGUGUUCACACAGAUCUUUAAAGAGGAAAGAGGGCUGCACCAGGAGAAAGUGUUCUGCUUCGUCCAUCUGAGCAUUCAAGAGUUUCUGGCUGCUCUUCAUGUCCAUCUGACAUUCAUCAACUCUGGAGUCAAUCUGCUGGCAAAAGAACAAACAUCCCAGAAGUCUGAAAGUAUAAAAGAAUCUGCAAGAACACAUCUGUACCAGAGUGCUGUGGAUGAGGCCUUACAGAGUCCAAGUGGACACCUGGACUUGUUCCUCCGCUUCCUCCUGGGUCUUUCACUGCAAACCAAUCAGACUCUCCUACGAGGCCUGCUGACACAGACAGGAGGUUGCUCACAGACCAAUCAGGAAACAGUUGAGUACAUUAAGAAGAAAAUCGAGGGGAAUCUUACUCCAGAGAGAAGCAUCAAUCUGUUUUACUGUCUGAAUGAACUGAAUGAUCAUUCUCUAGUGGAGAAGAUCAAACAGUACCUGUUAAGAGGAACAAUCUCCAGAAAGAAACUGUCGCCUGCUCAGUGGUCAGCUCUGGUCUUCAUCUUACUGUCAUCAGAAAAAGAUCUGGACGUGUUUAACCUGAAGAAAUACUCUGCUUCAGAGGAGACUCUUCUGAGACUACUGCCAGUGGUCAGCGCCUCCAAGAAAGCUCUGCUGAGUGGCUGUAACCUCUCAGAGAGAAGCUGCACAGCUCUGUCCUCUGUUCUCAGCUCCCAGUCCUCCAAUCUGAGAGAGCUGGAUCUAAGUAAUAACAGCCUGCAGGAUUCAGGAGUGAAGCUACUGUGUGUUGGACUGGAGAGUCCACACUGUACACUGGAAACUCUCAGUCUUGCAGGAUGUCUGAUCACAGAGGAAGGCUGUGCUUCUCUGGCCUCAGCACUGAGCUCCAAGCCCUCCCAUCUGAGAGAGCUGGAUCUGAGCUACAAUCAUCCAGGUGACUCAGGAGAGAAGCUACUGUCUGCUAGACUGGACAGUCUCAGGAUGCAGCCUGCUGGAGUCCAAUGGUUGACACCAGGGCUGAGGAAGUAUUUCUGUGAACUCACACUGGAUCCAAGCACAGUAAACACAAAACUCAAACUGUCUGAAAACAACAGGAAGGUGACACUUGUGAAGGAGGAUCAGUCAUAUCCUGAUCAUCCAGACAGAUUUGAAUACUGGCCUCAGCUGCUGUGUAGAAAUGUUCUAACUGGUCGCUGUUACUGGGAGGUUGAGUGGAAAGGAGGGGUUCAUGUAUCAGUGUCUUACAGAGGAAUCAGAAGGAGAGGAGACAAAGAUGAAUGCAGGUUUGGAAUGAAUAAUCAGUCCUGGGCUCUGAGGUGCUCUGAGGGUAGUUUCUGUAUCUGGCACAAUAACAGUGGAACAUCCAUCCCCUCCUCCUCCUCCUCCUCUUCCCCCUUCUCCUCCUCCUCGGUCUCUAACAGAGUAGCAGUGUAUGUGGACUGUCCUGCUGGCACUCUGUCUUUCUACAGAGUCUCCUCUGACACACUGAUCCAUAUCCACACCUUCAACACAACAUUCACUCAGCCUCUGUAUGCUGGGUUUGGGUUCUGGUCUGAAUCCCCUGAUUCCUAUCUGUCUUUGUGUUCACUGUAAGAGGGGGAGUGUCAGUGGUGUAAACAGACAGUGCAGCCAAUGCAGCCGCACUGGGGCCUGUGCUGGCACUGCUCUGACACAACUGGUGCAGGCCCGUCUCAUUUAGCGGAAAUACAAGUAAUAUGAGAUCAAUUUACACUAGCGCUGUUGCUUUUUAUUUGACAUUCGAACCCUUGUAAAUAUUUGAACUGUAAUGAUCUGUUCAAAUCCUAAAUUUACAACCUAUAAACAAAACAGACCAUUUGAAGUAGUUUGCUUUGUGAUCUAGCAGAGGGCAUUCUGAAAAUUCACUGUCAAUUUGACCUAUUUCAUACUCUUUGACCUCUUCAACUUCUCCGCCCUCUUCUUUUUGUUUGCUGAACUUAUUUUCUCUGAGCUAUGCACUCUUUUAAAUGUUUUAACUAGCAUGUCUGCCUUAGCUUUGUUGUCAACUGCCUCCUGUCCUUCAUAUUGUAAAAUUGGUACUGUAGAUGUCCUGUACACCCCUGCCAAACUUUCUCUGUGCUCAUCUUAAAUCUGAAUUAAAUGCGUGAAACUUUAUGAGCAUGAUUUGUGACAUCACAACUAGUUUGGAGCCAAUAAUGGUCCAGUAUACUCUUUACACAAGUGUUAUGUGGUAGCCUCCAGUACACAUUAAGCGUGGGACAAGGCAGAAAAGAUUAUCAAAAGAAAAGAUGAUCAAAAUGUAUCCUAAUGUAUCUGAUAUUUGUGACAGAUAUAACUUCUCAAAAGGUACUCUAGGUCAUAUUUUCUGGUUUUGUCCCAAUAUUGUCCCUUUUUGGCAGGAUAUCAUUACUUGGUAUAAAAUUAUGAUUUACAGAUUGAACCUGAUGCACUAGUUGCCUUAUUUGGUUGUUCCGAAGCUUCUCGUGCACUGCCACUGUACAGCAGACCCUUAUGUUUGGUAUGUUAGUAGCAAAGAGGAUAAUUCUCAAGGAAUUCAAGGCUACCAGCACUCCUUGUUUCUCCAGAUGGUUUGAGAAACUGGUCUCAGGGAUACAACUUUUCAUACUUUUAUUGUAAUUCAUUCAUAAAUAGAUACACCCACAAAAUGCAUUGUUUUUUUGUAUUUUAUACACCUGGUGAUAAAAACCAGAAGAAAAAAAAUCAUUAUAGUAAUUUCAUCAUGUAUUCAUCAAGUAUUUAUAUGUUAAUACAUACAUUUUAUACAUUCAUACAAUGUGUGUGUAUGUGUGUCUUCUGCUCCUCUAAAUGUAUGCAUUAAGUACGUUUAUAUGUUUAUUUGUUUUCCCAAGAUCUGCCUCUGUCCUUUUGUAAAUUCUUUUGUUAUUCUGAGUCUAAGUUAAUUGGUGGCCUCAUAUCUCAUCCACUUAAACCAGUGUCUUUUAUACAAGAUUUCCUGUAUUGUUACUUUUCAUCUUUGAACUGAUGGACUUCAUGGUUUUAGCCAAUUCCUAGUUAUUUGCUUCAGGGCUGCGAUUCUGAGUAUUCUAUGUAGGUACUGAUCUGUUUUCUACAUUAGCUCUGGUGGUGAUUUUACAAGAACAAUAUGUAUUGGGUUAAUUGUUUUUUUCAUAUUGAGCCAAUACACAUGAUACCCGCUAUGACUCAAUGCCAAAAUGAUUUUAAAAUAGGACAGAAAAAGAAAAUGUGUGAGUGGUUUGCCUUUGUCUCACCACAUUUUCUCCAGAAAUCUGAUUUCAUUGAUGUGUAAAUUUUAGAAAGUACAUUUGGAGUAGUAAAAAAUCUUGUACAUAAUUUUCCCUUUUUUCCAUUCCCUCCAAUAUUUAGAAUUUGUUGUUUUAUAAAUAUAUCUGCACAUUUGCUUCCAUUCUUCAUUCAGCUGAUCUAUUUCAGAAAUCCAUUUUUGUUGAAUUUUAUUAUUGGUGUCUAUAUCGUUCUCAAAAGUUUUAGAUAUUUUCUUAUGUGUUUUUGAUUACCUUGUUAUGCUUUUUAAUCAGAAAGGUAAUUAAAGGGUAUAUUUCUUUAAUAGUUUGUUUUUUUAAAAAAUGUUGUGAAAUGGAAACUUAUACUUUUAUGUUUAUUGUCUUCAAAUUAUGUUAUAUUAUUUUAUGUUAUACUGUCUUACAGCUCAGUGAACAUGCUCAAUUUUCCAAUAAGUUAACAAAAGCGAACUGUAUGAUUCGGCCUUCAACUUCUACGUCUCACUAAACUAAAGAAAACUCCCUAAGGAAGAAACAUAGAUAAGGCUAUGAAUGAAUAGGACAUUGUGCAUUAAUUAAAAGACACCUGUUAGGAAGACAAAUAUGUCUAGCAAACUGUACUAGUGCUAACUGUGCUGUGUACUCUGGAUAUUGCAAUAAAACUCUG